GAACUGGAAGCUGCUCUUCACAGGGAUGAUGUGGAGUUUAUCAGCGACCUGAUCGCCUGCCUUCUUCAAGGUUGCUAUCAGCGCAGAGACAUCACAUCCGAGACGUUUCACAGCUACCUGGAGGACAUCAUCAACUACCGCUGGGAGCUGGAGGAAGGGAAACCCAACCCGCUGCGGGAGUCCACCUUCCAGGAGCUGCCCCUGCGCACACGGGUGGAGAUCCUGCACCGCCUCUGUGACUACCGCCUCGAUGCAGAUGACGUUUUUGACCUCCUCAAGGGCUUGGACGCCGACAGCCUCCGCGUGGAGCCGCUGGGCGAGGACAGCAGUGGUGCCCUGUACUGGUACUUCUAUGGCACGCGGAUGUACAAGGAGGACCCGGUGCAGGGGAAAACCAAUGGAGAGCUGGCUCCAGACAGGGGAUGUGGGGGGCAGACAAACACCCCAAAUGUUCCUGGGAAAACGGGCAAGAGACGAGGGCGACCCCCAAAGCGGAAAAAACUACUGGAAGAAAAUUUGCUGAGAGAGAAGGCAGAAGAAAACUUGCUAAUCCGUGAGACUCAGAUAAGAAAUGGGUCCCAAGGGCCUGGCCGUGGGACAUGGUGGCUGCUGUGUCAGACGGAAGAGGAGUGGAGGCAGGUCACAGAGAGCUUCAGAGAGAGGACUUCCCUUAGAGAGCGGCAGCUCUACAAACUCUUGAGUGAAGACUUCCUGCCGGAGAUCUGCAACAUGAUUGCACAGAAGGAGAAGCGUCUACAGCGGACAGAGUUUUCUCCCAGGUGGAUGUCUGACCAUCAGCCCAUCAAACCAAUCAAGCAGGAGGUAAACCCAAAUGUGCUGAGUUCGAUGGAGAAGCAGAGGCGCAGGGAGGAAGAAGAGGAGCGCCAAAUCCUUAUAGCAGUGCAGAAGCGGGAGCAGGAGCAGCUGCUAAAGGAGGAGAGGAAAAGAGAGAUGGAGGAGAAAGUCAAAGCAGUGGAAGAACGGGCUAGGAGGAGGAAGCUUCGUGAAGAGCGGGCCUGGCUGCUGGCGCAGGGGAAGGAGCUUCCCCCUGAGCUUUCCCACUUGGAUCCCAGUUCCCCUACCAGGGAAGAGCGAAGGACCAGGGAUCUCUUUGAACUGGAUGAUGAGUUCACGGCCAUGUACAAAGUUCUAGAUGUGGUAAAGGCUCACAAGGACUCUUGGCCCUUCUUGGAGCCUGUUGAUGAAUCAUAUGCUCCCAACUACUACCAGAUCAUUAAGGCCCCCAUGGACAUCUCUAGCAUGGAGAAGAAGUUGAAUGGAGGUCAGUACUGCACCAAGGAAGAAUUUGUGGGCGAUAUGAAGACCAUGUUCAGGAACUGUCUUAAGUACAAUGGUGAAGGCAGUGAAUAUACCAAGAUGGCUUACAACUUAGAGAGGUGUUUCCACCGAGCAAUGAUGAAGCACUUCCCUGGGGAAGAUGGAGACACAGAUGAGGAGUUUUGGAUCAGAGAAGAUGGGAGAAGAGAGAAGAGGAGCCGGCGGACUGGCCGCUCCAGCACAGGCAGUGUUUGGACUCGGUCGCGAGACCCAGAUGGACCAGGCAAGAGGCAGCAACGCCUGGAAAACGGAGGAAAACCUCCACCAUAUCGAGCUACUUCCAGGGCUCCUGCUUCUUCCUCUUCUUCCUCUUCCUCCUCCUUCUCCUCGUCCUCUGCAGAGGAUCCAAGUGGCAACCCAAUGCAACCUCCUCGAGAAGUUGGCCCUUCCAACGGACGAGGUUUCCCUCGCUCUCUGCAGUACGGCGGCAUGCCCAGCCCUGUGCCACAUCCCGGCCAGAUG